GUUAUUGUUAUUGUCUCUUGAUAAAUGAUAGCAUGGUGAUGUUCCAUGAAUUGGAAUUUAUUUCUCUAAAAUUAUGAUGUAAAUUUUAUUAUUUCAUUUUUUUUCAAUGUCACGGUAAAGUUUCCAACCAUGUUUAGUCUUAUUCAGAAGCUUUUCUAUGUGUGUCCUCAUGUCAGUGCCCAGAAAUUAUUACUAUCAUGUGAGAGGAAAAGUUUGCGUGCAUCGUGUAAAAGUCUAAUACAUUUAAGUGGAAAAUCUUACUCUUCCAAAACUAGUGAUCUCGAAAAUUGUAAUGUUGGAACGGUAGGCCAUGUUGAUCAUGGUAAAACUACGCUUACAUCUGCUCUAACCAAAUAUGCAUCCAAAAAAGGCCUUGCCAAUUAUGUGGCGUACGAUCAGAUUGAUCAAGCUCCCGCCGAGAAAGCUAGAGGUAUAACUAUUAACAUAGCUCAUGUUGGAUAUCGUACUGAGAAAAGACUUUACUCUCACACGGAUUGUCCAGGACAUGCGGAUUUUGUAAAAAAUAUGAUUUCCGGUGCUUCACAAAUGGAUGGUGCCAUCGUUGUAGUUGCAGCAACAGAUGGUCAAAUGCCUCAGACUAAAGAGCAUUUAUUCUUGUGCAAACAAAUCGGUGUCUUAGACUUAAUAGUAUUUAUCAAUAAGGCAGAUCUCGUUGACUCUGACAUGUUGGAAUUAGUCGAGCUCGAGAUGGGAGAGCUUUUAGUUGAAUUUGGUUUCAGUGAUAAAACACCAAUGAUACGAGGGUCAGCUUUGCGGGCUCUAGAGGAGGACACCUCUGAGCUAGGGGAGCCAAGUAUUCAGAAGUUACUAGAUACAAUGGAUAAUUAUUUUAAAGUACCAGAAAGGAAAGUAGAUGCUCCUUUUCUAAUGCCGAUUGAUAAUGCUCUCUUGGUGCCUGGCCGAGGAGCUGUUCUCAUUGGUACAAUUUUGCAAGGUAACAUUAAGAAAAAUGAACCUCUUCUCUUAGUUGGUUUUGGUGAAACUUUAAGCACAACAUUCUCAGACAUACAAGUUUUUAAGCAGUCUGUAAAUUCCGCUGCCGCAGGAGACCACAUCGGAGCUCUAUGUAGAGGCAUUAAAGCUAAGAAUGUUAAGAAAGGCAUGACUCUGUGUAAAGAAAAAUCAGGUUUACCAAUAACCAAUGUAUAUCAUGCUAGUUUAUACUUGUUGACGGAGAAGGAAGGCGGGCGUACUAAACCUAUUAAGUGUAAAUUUGCCGCCAAUAUAUUCUGUCAUACUUGGAAUUGUCAUGCAAGGAUCGACUUUCCACCUGAAAAGGAGUUUUUGAUGCCCGGAGAUUACGCUACCGUCCGCUUAACGUUAAUGUACAAUAUGAUCAUGCCCGUGGGUACCACUUUCGCUUUUCGAGAGAGAGGUUGUACAGUUGCAACAGGGAAAAUAACUAAAACUUUGGAUCCAGUGCAUGUCCCCAAACUGAAUUUAGGAAAUUUGAAGAUAUCUGUAGAGGCCUCAGAAUUUUAAGAUGAUUUUCUCAUGUAACCAUAACUAGUAUCUUUCAAUGUUUACCCAUGAUUAACCCUGGGCAGGAGAAAUGGACAAUUCCAUAUCAUUUUUUCCAAGUUUGUCUCUGUUUAAUUUUUUCUUCUUAUAUGUUGAAUUGAAUGGA